CUCUAGGCGCUGCAACCAACAGCCUUUCCCCCCCCAGCAAGCAAAGUAACUAACCAGGCGACCGACCCACACUGAUCACGGAAGCGCACAGUCAACCGGCAGAAAGAAACUGACCAGACCCGAGAUGGCUCCUAGUCGAUUUCAGCUUUCCAGAAUCUCUAGGCAAAGAAGCCGGCUUUGGAGGCAGAACGCGCUGCUUUUAGGGUGUAGCCUGUGGCUUUCUCUUUGCCCCCUAAGAUGUGAUGCUUUCAACUUGGACACUAAAUAUUUGGUCAUCAAGAAAGGCAAGACUCCAGACAGUUUCUUUGGACUCUCGGUGGCUCUGCAUCAUCAAACGAACCCGGAAAGAUACCUGCUGCUUACCGGAGCUCCCCACGAUGAGGCUGUAGGAAUGGUGAAUGCCACGCGGACGGGCGCCAUGUACGCUUGCCCUUUGAGUUCAGCCACGGACGACUGCGCCCGAGUGAACAUCGAGGUGCCAAGUAACCCUCAAAGUAAUAUUGUUGAAAACAUGUGGUUAGGGGUGACCGUGGCAAGCCAGAGAGCACCACCUGGGAGAGUGAUGGCUUGUGCUCACCGGUACACCAGGAUCUUGAAGUCUGGGCUUGAGCAACAGAGGCGCAUGGUGGGGAAUUGUUACAUUCGUGGCAAUGACCUGACCCUCCAUGCAGAAGAUGAGUGGCAGGCGGACCAUAUUGAGAUGUGCAAUGCUAACUUGGACUUUGAAGACACGGGCAUGUGCCAGAUGGGCAUCAGUGGUGGCUUCACCGCCAACACGGUUUAUUUUGGAGCUCCUGGUGCUUACCGUUGGCAAGGCACCGAUUACAUGAUCCACCGAGAGAAGUGUGAACAGUUUUGUGAGCAGAAAGAUUUUUUCUACCCAGAUCAGAAGAAUGCCUACAGCUAUUUGGGAUAUUCCAUUGAGGCAGGCGCUGCUGUGCUGCACGAACAAGAGAACACCAUAAUCACAGGAGCUCCCCGCAAUAAUCACAUUGGGGCCGUCUUCUUGAUGGCAAAUGAUAAUAUACGGACCUUUCAGAACAAACUGAUGAUUUCCGGGGAGCAAGUUGGGUCCUAUUUUGGCAGUUCCAUUGCUCUGGCUGAUCUCAACAAGGAUGGGUGGCAGGACCUGAUUGUUGGAGCACCAUACUACUUCGACCGGAAAGAGGAGAAGGGCGGGGCUGUUUACGUGUACAUGAACCUUGGAGGAACGUUCCACUCUAGCCCCAACAUUACCCUGACCGGCCCGAGCAAUUCUUCAUUCGGCCUUGCUGUGGCCAACAUCGGAGACGUUGACAAAGACGACUUCCAAGAUAUCGCCAUUGGGGCUCCUUUUGAAGGUGCGGGGAAGGUAUACAUCUACCACAGUGGCGUGGGAGGGCUUAUUGAUAAGCCCCGGCAGAUCAUUAGCGGGGAAGACAUUGGCCCCGGCAUCAAGACCUUUGGCUACUCCUUCAGUGGGGGGAUGGAUGUGGAUGGCAACUCCUACCCUGACCUCCUGGUGGGGACCCUCUCUGAAAAUAUUGUGCUGCUCAGAACCCGUCCAGUGAUCAACAUCUUAAACAAGACUUUUGCAGUUACCCCGAAGACCCUCGACCCGGCCAAAUGUACCCAAGACUCUUGCAUCAAGGUACAGUUCUGCUUCUCUUAUUCCCAAAGUGCUGGAGACCCCAAGUACAAGGAGACCAUCAACUUGAAUUACGUGGUGAAGGCUGACCAGGGCCGCCGUCGACCGCGCGUAUAUUUUGCUGGGACCCAGACUGCGGUCUACAAGGGACAGUUUUCCAUGCCGACCACCAAGUGCAAAACCUUGGAGGUCCUCCUAUGGCCCGACGUGCAAGACAAGCUGCACCCCAUUGCGUUCUCCAUCAGCUAUUCGCUCGCCAAGAAAGAGAGAGAAUUCAGGUUGGGCCUCCGUUCCCUUGACGCCUUUCCUGUCUUGAAUGAGGACCAGCCCCAUGAGAACCAUACUGAGAUUCAGUUCCAGAAGGAGUGUGGAACGGACAACAUCUGCAACAGCAACCUGCAAAUUCAGGCUUCCUUUAUGAAUGAUCAAAACCAGGAGCUGCCCAGGCGGAACGGCAUGCAGGUGUUACGUUACAACCGGGAAGUCAAGAAAUUGAACUUGGGCAUCAGCGUUACAAAUACGCCGACUUCGCCUACCAACGGAGAGGAUGCUCACGACGCCCUCCUCAACAUCACUUUCCCUCCCUUUCUGCGGCCUUCAUCAGUCCGGCCGAGUGGGGCCUGCGAUCUUGGGGAGACUGUGAUGUGUGAACUAGGCAACCCCUUCAAAAAGAAUAUGCAGGCAGAGCUGACCGUCGUGUUUGAAGUUAUUGGAAUCACACUGUCGACCCAGGAUAUCACUGUACAGGUGGCGCCUUUCACGAUGAGCAACCAGGAAGAUCUCACGCCAGUGGCAGCAGUCCUGUUGGUGAACUACACCAUUGAUUCAUCCCUGGCAGUCAGCCCGUUACUCCAGUCGUACUUUAGCGGGAAAGUCAUGGGAGAGUCAGCCAUGAAGCAUGAGGAAGAUGUCGGCAGCCCCCUCGAAUUCGACUUUCAGGUGACCGCAAAGGCUGAGUCUUUAGGUUCCUUGGGAACAAUCGUGUUAGGCUUCGAAUGGCCUUACGAAGCCAGCAAUGGGAAGUGGCUCUUGUACCCCACUGAGAUCCUGGUGAAAGGGAACGGAAGCUGGCUCUGUGAACCCCCCGGGCAAGUCAUCAACUACCUCAGCCUCACUCUAAUCGAUCAUGGCAGCACCUCGGCACGGAGGAAGCGUGAGCUGCAGGCAUCUCCAAAAGCUGAGCUUCCCGUCACCUUGGCAGCUGCAAAGAAAGCCAAGUCAGAAACGUCACUGACCUGUUCCAGAGGCACGUCUCGCUGCAUUUGGUUUGAGUGCCCCCUGUGGGACAUUGGAGCCGUGACAGACGUGAAGGUCCGAGCACGGGUCUGGAACAGCACCUUCAUCGAGGAUUUCAAUAACUUUGACCGUGUGAAGGUGGACGGGCACGCCACACUGUUUCUCAGGACAAACACCUCCACCAUCAACAUGAAAAAUCAUACUGUACAGUUCGCUGUGGACAUCGACUCCGAGCUGAGCGAAGAGCAGCCGGCUGAGAUUGAGCUGUGGCUGGUCUUGGUUGCCGUUGCAGCCGGACUUCUGCUUUUGGGGCUCAUUGUCUUACUGCUGUGGAAGUGUGGCUUCUUCCGGCGGGCAAGCACACGAGCCAUGUACGAGGCCAAGGGCCAGAAAGCCAUGAUGAAGAUCCAGCCAUCUGAAACUAAGCGGCUGACCGACAGCUUCUAGCUCCUGUCUCAGGGGGGAACACUGCCCACCCCUUUGCCCUGUGUCUUGUGCAACUUUUUCAAGCGAACCCGUUACUACCGGAUCAUGCCCAAGUACCACGCCAUUCGGAUCCGGCAGGAGGAGCGCUAUCA